UCGAACGAAACAAAUAAAAACCGCCUGCGUAAAUAACAAACUUUUGGUGUGUUUAAAAAAGAAUUUUCUAUGUUAGGUGGUAUUUAUGUGUUUUGAUAAAGACUUUACUAACUGAAUAUUGAAUAAUUAUCAGUCUAAUUGAGAUCAGAAAUUCGGUUGAAGGUCAUCGAAGAGUGCUAAAAAGUCGGCCGUUGAAUGCGUCACGCGCGUGCAACACAGGCGACGACGCGAACAUCUGAGAGGACGAUCCGUUGACGGUUCACUAAACUUUUAAUUCGAAAUUAUUUGAAUGUGGUCCUCUCCAGGAUGUGUUACCUACGGGAUGUGUACGUACCCGUCACCAUCGGCUGGCUUAGCUCGGGCUGCUAGUCUCGUCUCUCGAAUCGCCUGGACCACAGCAUGAAGGAGAUGCUUGGAGGGUGCUGCGUGUGUUCUGAUGAGAGGGGAUGGACCGAGAAUCCACUGGUGUACUGCGACGGACAGGGUUGUACUGUUGCUGUUCACCAAGCAUGUUAUGGAAUUGUUACAGUACCAACAGGACCUUGGUACUGUAGGAAGUGCGAAUCACAAGAGCGAAGUGCACGUGUGCGUUGUGAAUUGUGCCCAAGUCGAGAUGGGGCACUUAAAAGAACAGACCAAGCUGGCUGGGCCCACGUGGUCUGUGCACUUUAUAUUCCUGAAGUCAGAUUUGGCAAUGUUACAACAAUGGAGCCUAUUAUUCUUCAACUUAUACCCGCUGAGAGGUUUAAUAAGAUGUGUUACAUUUGUGAAGAGCAAGGCAGAGGUGGCAGAGCCACUGUUGGUGCAUGUAUGCAAUGUAAUAAGACGGGUUGUAAGCAACAUUUUCAUGUAACUUGUGCUCAAGCACUUGGUCUUUUAUGUGAAGAAGCUGGCAACUAUCUUGACAAUGUAAAAUAUUGUGGAUAUUGUCAGCAUCAUUAUUCUAAACUGAAAAAAGGUGGAAAUGUAAAAACAAUUCCACCGUAUAAACCGAUUCCAGCAGAUAAUGGAUCGUCAGACUCCUCUCCCGAGAAGGAAGCGGAGGUACCCUUAAAAACAACUUCGACAACGAAGCGUAAGGGUUCAAGUUCAAAAUCAUCAACGUCAAGUUCGAAGAGCAAAUCCAAUGCUAGUCCCAAUUUAGAUGUCAAUGGAAUUGCUGAUGAUAAAAGUGGUAGUGGUCGUAAUACUCCAAAGGAUGCUAAUCAGACAUCAGCAUCGAGUAAAUUUACAACUUCAAAUUUUGUAGAAACUGUCGUUACUCAAUCGGAAAGUGUAUUUGGCCAUGACGGUAGUAAUAGUGGAAAUGGUGGUACUCCAGCAAGUUCAAGUUCAGCAACAAGUGCGAUUAAGUCUGGAUCAACCACAAACUUGGCACACAAAAAUAGUAGCCAAUCCAAGUCAAGUUCAUCAUCAACUAUUAAGUCUUCAAGUCAUACGACCAAGAAGCGUAAGACUGGUGCACGUACGCCAACGGUAUUGGGUAGUGAAAAUUCGAAUAAUUCUGUUAGUUCUGAAGCAAGCGGUUCAGUAGUUGUGGCGGUGAGUUCAAUUGUACAACCGACGUCAAGUAAUAUGGUUCAACCUACGGUAACUGAAGCAACUAGUCUUAGCAGUACAUCGGAGCCAGAGAAAUCGAAGAAGCUGAAAGUUGAUAGUCCUCCAGUUUUAACUCCCAAUGCUCCUAUUACAACAGAAGCCACGACGACACCAGUGAUUAUGUCAAUAGCUCAGACUCAAUCAACGCAAUCACUUACAACUACUUCAACAAGUAUUGUUGUAUCUGUACCAUUGACAGCUACUUCUAAUUUUGUACAAAGUGUUGUGACAAGUGCACCUACUCUUUAUCAACAAUUACAACAGAGUAUGACCACUGCCGCUGUCAUUAGUGAUAACCGAUCUAGUUCUGUUUCUAAUUCAGAAUCAUUUGUUUCCGGGGAUGUUCCUGCCAAAAGAUCACGAUCACAAUCGACAGAUAAGCAGGACAAAGUCAGAAAAACGAAACGAGGUUUAUCAUCAAAUAGUCAACCACUACCAGUACCACCAUUGCCUGUUUCAUCAACUGCCACUUCAACUAGUAACAGUGCUAUAGUGACAACAUCUAAACGUGGUCUUGGUAGAAAUAAUCAUCCAACACCACCACCACCAACACUAACAGUCGCUCCAGUACCUUCUAUUAUUCAAGGACCUACUUUAGGUACUGGGCAUUUUAGUAGCGUCAAUUCUGGUUCUUCGGGGAAUGCCAUGAGACCUGUAGUUAAAGACUCACCGCCGAGUAGUCCGAGUUCUGAAAGUAUGAGUAGUACUGGACCAGGAAGAAGAAAGAAAAAAACUGUUGGAGGCCGUGAUUCAAUUACUCCUACACCGUCCGUAUCUACUACACCUACAGCUAUAGGAAACAAUACUAAGGAAGAAAAGGAUGUUAAAUUAUUCCAAAAUGGAGUAAGUGCGCCACACAUGUUAGGCAAUCAGUUAAAUCCAUCGUCAACUAUGGCACAAAAAAUGUCUGAUACGCUUAAUCAAGAAUUGGAGGCCCAUUCAAUAUUUACUGAAGCCAGUAAUUCAUCAACGACUUUAGUAGGGCCACAACUACACAGUCGGGUUAUUGCGUCGAUACGUUCUAAUCAGCCAACGACACAUGGACCCACAUCCUUUGCUUCAGUAUUUUCGACAAACAGUAAUACCAAUUCCAGUCCAAACUCUACAGCUGGGACGUUAGUAGGAGGUGCAAUACCACAGACUCUUGACCAACUUCUUGAAAGGCAGUGGGAACAAGGGAGUCAGUUUUUGAUGGAACAGGCUCAGCACUUUGAUAGUGAGUUUGCAUCACUUCUUUCUUGUCUGCAUCAACUAAGAGCAGAAAAUCUACGAUUAGAAGAACAUGUGAAUAGUCUUUUACAGCGAAGAGAUCACUUAUUAGCUGUCAAUGCUCGAUUAGCGAUACCUCUCACUACCCAACCAAGUACACAUUCAAUUAAUAAUAUUCAUCCAUCCGCUAAUCAAUCGCAUCCAAACGCUCCUCAUCCUGAUAUAGCAGCUGGUGCUCCAUCGAUAUCACGAGUAAAUCGUGAUUCUCGAGUGAAUAAUGCGUAUUUACCACACUCUAGUUCAAGUGGACAUUCAACGCCGUUAGAGAAUGGAUUACCGCCAGAUCCUUCACCACCUGCAGCAGCCUCGAUUUCACAAUAUUCUCAUAGAGGAUCUAUGGUACCUCCACAACCCAGUCCUACAAUAAGGCAUAGUCCAGCGACGAGUGCAUAUCACCAAGGUCAACCAAGUAACAUCGUGUCACCUGCAAAUGCAAAUAGCUCUGGAGUCGUGAGAAAUUCAUCAGCAACACCGGAACCACUACGCGGCGUACCGAGGUCAAUGCCACAGUCGUCAAGCAGUUACAUGUCGAUGUACCAACCAACGAUGUCCAGUCUUACCAGUAAUCAAGUAGGUAGCAUACAUAAUCUACACUUACAUGGACCUACUCAUGGACCACCAAGUAAACCGAGCUGAAGGUAAAUAACGUGCUUGGGAUUCUGGUGGUGUUGAUGGUGCCACGGAUGCAACACACUUAUGCAGUUCACUACACAGCUCACAUGCGAUAUCGCAGCAUACAAAGUAAGAAACUUUGUUUUCUUUUUUUUUUUUUUAACGUUAUUAAUUUUUAUUAAAUAUUAUUCGUAUUAUUUUAUCGCAAAUCGGUUGAUAUUUACCGCGACUCAAUUGUUUCGCUAGUAAAAAUCAAUUAAGUUGAUUUUAGUUGUUGAAACAUUAUUGUUUAAUUAGGCAAUUUUGUGAAUAUUAUUUUAAGUUUUCUGUUAACUUUCAACGUUUAUUUAAAACGCUAUUGCGUUUUUUUUUUGGCUUGAUUAAUAGCCAAUAUUGUUUUCAAUCAUUUUAGUUAAUUUUUUUUGUUUUUUUUUUUUCUUUACUCUGAUCUUAUUUGCCCGAUGGAUUUAUGAUAGGAUUAUUUUCAUUAUUAAUAUAUAUUUUUUUGAGGGAUAUGAACGUUUAAAUGCUUGAAAGCUGGAUAUCUUAUGUGUUCUUAUUGUUAAAUCAAUGCCAAUGUUCUGACACAAUUGUUUUAUAAACAAUAACCAUUAGUAAAUAAUGACAAAAAUCACAAUUAGUAGAAUGACAUAUUUUUAUUGUGUCAGAAUUCUGUAAAAAUGAUUUAAUAUAUAGUGAAAAAAGUACUAUUGAACUGCCAUUUACAGUUAAGUUAAUUAAUGACAUAAAAAUUUUUUUACAAUAUCUGUAUCUGGACUAAAUAUUUUUGAACAUCAAUUUUUAGUAAACAAUUGCAAAUAUUUACGUAAAUAUUUGUUUUUUUUUUUUUUUAAUGAAACAAAAGAUUUUUUUUAGGUCUAAAACUAUUGAUGUGUAUAUAUUUGGUCUUUUGAGACUUUAUAAUUUUUCUUAUCAUUUUUUUUAAAAAAUUUAAACUUGAAUAAAAGUAGAAAAAAUAAUGAAGUAUUUUGACAGAAAUAAAUAAAAUAAAAAAUUUAUAACAAAAAAUAAAAAAAAUUUCUUGACUACAUCGUAUUGGGCAUUGGCAAACAACGAAGACAAUCUUUUCAGUGGCGGCAUUGAGAUGUGAACAUCAGACUUACACAUGUACAAACUUGUAGGCUGUAAAAUAAUCAAUUAUAAUGAAAAUAGCAAUAAAAAAAACCAUAGAUUUACAUAAAAAUAAAAAUGAAUAAUUGAAUGAAAAUAAUUUUACCCAUAAGUUCGUGGGAAUGUGAGAGAAUAUUAAUUUAAUAAACCAUUAAAAAUAUUAUUAUAACAAUUUUAAUUAACUAAAAUUAAAAUUUGUUCAUAACAGUGAAAAAAAAAAUUUUUUUCUGGCUUUAAAUUAAUAUUCUCAACAUAAACCUAAACAUCGCACAGCCGCACUGUACAGAUGCAGUAAAAAUGUAAAAAGUUCUAGUAAAAGAAAAAAAUAAGCAUAAUGUAGGUAACACUAAAUAAUUGUAUGUUAAUUUUAAAUGAUCUUUUUUUAAAAGAAAUACACGCAAGCACUGCCUUCCACUAAUAAGAGCUGUGAAUUAGGUUGAUUUUAAAAAACUAAAAAUAAAAUAUUUCUGCAAUUGUUACAAUGAAAUGUGUCAUUUUUUAAAUAUCACAUUUCAUUGUUAUCAUUGCUCCAAAUUAGACAAUUAGUUUUUCAUAGUAAUCUAACAUGCAAUUAAGAGUAUUUUGAAAGACCUCGGCUGAGAAAAUCUUCAUGUAAUAUAGAUAAAAUAAUAAAUAACAACAAUGUUUUAUAUUAAUAUUAAAAAUAUAACUAAUUGAUCAAUUCAUUCAAUUGAUCAUUAACUUCAAAAUACUGAAUAAUUUUCUACAAUUUUCACAUCAUUCUUUAGAGUCAGAUUAAAAUUAUUUAUUCUUUCUUGUAUAUCAACAGACCUAUUGAUACCUUGAAGAAGACACCUAAGUAACUCUGAGUGCACUUGAUUGAUAUAUUCAAGUCUCUUUGCUAUAAUUAUUUUUUAAAGAUUCCUGUAACUUGAAAUCAAGAUGUCUUACAUGUUCAUGUCUGAUAUCUUCUUUAGCAUAGUUUCUUUUAGUUUUGCAAUUUAUAACUAAGCAUGUACUCUACAUCCCUAUUUUAUUUCUUCUUUCUUAGAUUGAUAUGACUUUACAUCCUAUUUUUAGCCUUACUGUGAUCAAAUGGUGUUGAGCUUUUUCAUUUUGAAUUAGAUUCAUCCUAUUAUUUUGAUUUCAUAUUCCAAUAAGAUACCUGAUAUCUAACAAGCUGAUUGACUUAUAAAUCAUAAAUGAAUUAUGGUUUAUAUAUUUAAAUUAUGAAACUUGUUCUUGAUAACACAAAUCAAUUUAUUCUGCAUCUUUCCACGCCGCCUAGGCGAUUUGUUAUACAUAUCCUCAUUAUUUACACUCUAUUUUAUACUGAUAUAUUUUUUACAGUUUUAAAUUUAUUAUUAAUUGUGGAAUAUUAAAGAUCUUUUUAAUGAAUUGAUUUAUUAAUUAUAUUGAUUAACAAUUAAUAAUAGAUAAAUAUGAUCCGUCGAGGAUUGUGAAUGAUUUUCUUGGGCCAUAUUUAAAUAAAAUAUAUUGAUCAUUUUUUUCUUGUGUAAUAUAAAUAAUCGUUUAAUUAAUAAUAAUUUAAAUUUAUUUAGAAGAAUUAUCGAACUGUAUAUUUAUAUUGACAUGGAUCUCUCUAUGAUGACUCUUCCUGCAAGGUUAAUUAUUUUAUUGUAUUAAAAUUAUUAAUUAAUUACGAGAAAUUUUUACAGUAUUUUUGAAAUAAAAAAAAACAACAACAGAAAAAUGAUAAAUUCUCAAAGGUAACAUUUCUUGUAAUAUUAGUCAAUAAAUAAAGGCUCUAAUAAGUAAUAAUAAUUACAAUAAUAUGAUACAAUUAGAUCAUUCAUAAUGUUCUAUUUUGAACAUAUUUUAUUAAUUUGAAAAUAUUAUUUUACAAAAUAAUAUUUAAAGCUAAAUAUUUCAAGGAGAAAUCUUUCUUACGAGAAUUAUGAUUUUUCUUAAUAUAUCUUUUUUAUUUCAAAAAUAAAUAUGUAUCCUUUUUUUUUUUUAAUUUAAAUAAGCCGGCGACUGCGAUGUACUUUUGAUCAAUAAUCAUAAAUUUAAACAUAUGUAUAUUUUUUCAAAUAAACAUUCUAGUGUCUCACUUGAUAUACCCAAAAAAUAAAUAUUCCAUUAUACACGGAAACAACCAAAGAAAAGCAAAAAAAGCGCCAAUUAUUUUAAACUAUAACUGUUAAUAGUGAUGUAAUUAUGGUUUAUUGUAAUACAGAAAACAUAUCGAAAUUAAAAAAACAAAAAAUUAUUAUGAUCAGCAAGUAAAUAAUUAAUAAUUUAUUUAUCAAUUCAUUAAUUAUAACAUUUGUAAUGAAACUUUGAUACUGAAAGCUCAAAUGUAAAAUCUUAUAUCUUAUAAAAAUUGUAAGAAGUUACCUAACUUAGUCGUCUAUAAAUCAUAAUUACAUCAAUGAGACAUAAUCAAAAGACUUGAUCGCUGUAAAAUUGUAGUUAUUUAAGGUUAAAUUAAUGGCGCAAAUACAAUUAAACGUAAAUUUGCAACUAUUUCUCUAAAA